CGUGAGCUGACUUUGACCUUUGGCCUUUGCAUUGUACUUAUGUGCUUGUGUGUUUUGCAGGUUUUAUUCACAUUUAACACUCUCAGAUGUUAAAGCAUGCAGGUUUGCAGUCUCACUCUUGUCUUAUACAUCGUCUGAGGUAGGCCUCGCAUCCAGGUGAGCUGACUUUGACCUCUGACCUUUGCAUUGUAAGUAUAUAAUUGUGUCUUUUGCAUGUGCCAUUCACAUUUAACACUCUCAGAUGUCAAAGCCUGCGGGUUUGUAGUCUCACGCUUGUCUUUUACAUAGUCUGUGGUAGGCCUGCAUCCAGGUGAGCUUACUUUGACCUCUGGCCUUUGCAUUGUACCUAUGUGCUUGUGUCUUUUGCAUGUGCCAUCCACAUUUAACACUCUCAGAUGUUAAAGCAUGUGGGUUUGCAGUCUCACUUUUGUCUUUUACACCAUCUGUUGUAGGCCUUGCAUCCAUCUGAGCUGACUUUGACCUGUGGCCUUUGCAUUGUACCUAUGUGCUUGUGUGUUUUGCAGGUUUUAUUCACAUUUAACACUUUCAGAUGUUAAUGCAUGUGGGUUUGCAGUCUCACCUUUGUAUUUUACAGCAUCAGUGGCAGGCCUGCAUCCAUAUGAGCUGACUUUGACCUCUGGCCUUUGCAUUGUAACUAUGUGCUUGUGAGCUGAAUUUCACCUUUUAGCUGUGCAUUUUUAAGGCAGACGCAUCUACACUGUCCUUGUACUGCUUUUACAUGCUUAAUUGACAAUGUCAAGUGAUUUCCUUUCUCUUUUGUUUUCUUUACCAGACACCUAAAUCUGAGUGCCCUUUGUGCCACAAGCAGAUAGUUAAUUUCAAGCAGCACCUGCAGGUGACACAUUAUAUUAAAAACCUGGAGGAGCGCCAGUUGUGGCAAAAGUUGGCAAGGGGCAGGGUUGUCCUUGGUGGACAAACCUGCCCCUUGUGCAACCACUUUUACAAGUGUUUCGAAGCCCAUGUAAUGAAACGCCACGAAGAUGUGUCCAGCGAUGAGAAGAACAACAUAAUCAAGCAGAAGAAGUGGGAGGUCACCAUGAGGGCCUUGGCGGAGCUGGCAUCCAGCAAACCUGCUAUCCCCCUGGUGACCUUGGUGGAGCUGCAGGAAAGUGGAAUUGAGCGAAAUGAUGCCUCCGCUGCCUCCGCUGCCUCCGCUGCCUCCACCACUCCAUCUCCCCCCCCAAGUGAAAUCCCUGCCACGCCUAAUGUCACCUCCCCACCUGACACCUUUUCCCUCAGCCCCGCAGUCACCUCCCCACCUGCCACCUUUUCCCUCAGCCCCACAAUCACCUCCCCACCUGCCAACUUUUCCCUCAGCCCCACAGUCACCUCCCCACCUGCCACCUUUUCCCUCAGCCCCACUGUCACCUCCCCCCCUGCCACCUCAACUAGCCCUGAUUUCCCCAUGUCUUUCUCCCCCUUCCCUGAAUUCCUUCCCACCUUCUCGCCUCCUCCUCCAACCCCCCCCUUUAACCCAGACUUCAACUUGUCACCAUGUGACUAUUAUAUGGAAAGAACCCCCUCCCCUAUAACAAGGGAGGAGGCUGAUCUGAUCGAGGAGCUGUUGGGUAAGUCUUACGUGACAAGUGUAAUCUUAGUGAGGGUACAAUGUUCCAAAAAUUAAACCAUUGCUUUGUUUUAUUGAAGGAAUCCCUUGUGAUGUGGGGAGGAUCGAGGAGCAACCACGUAGGUGUUCAAUUGUGGACUCUGUGUUUAUGCUGCAUGAAGAAUUCAGUUGCAUAACCAAAUUUUCUUCUUCCUUUCAGAACAAGACAUGGCGACAGAAAUAGAGAAAACUUUAGGUUUUAGUUUUUUAAAAGAUCUCGAAUUUUAAUUUAAUUAAUU